AUGGAGUAUUUCGAUUUUGAAGGCGCCUCGUCUGCCCAUGGCUCUAAUCAACUAGGCGACGAUGUCACUUCGAUUGAUAUUGAACUCGACGAAGCCGAAGAACAGGCAGCGAACUUCGACUCGCUGGUUCAUGAUCAGACAUUGGAGUUCUCCAAUGACCCGGUACCGGAGCAGUUCGAAGUGAAUGUCUCACAGGCCAUUGACCCCGUCGGGGUCGACGGGGUUUACCCCAUGUUCCGGGCCCAAGAGCCAUGCGACUAUUGCCGGCUAAGAGGACUUGACUGUUUUGUCGCCAAGCGCGGUAUAAUGAACUAUGGCUGUACUUGCUGUAUCUCUCUUUGGCGUGAAUGCAGUUUCACUCAUGCCAAAACGCCUGGCAAGUUCCUCCAGACACUACAUAGCGUGUCAGAGAAUGCCUACGUUCCUACAGGUAGCUUGACCGGGAAGAAAGCCCUAAAAUCAGUUUCAUACAACACAUAUCCCAAUGACCCAGAUUCACGCUCUCAAAAAAGUGGUGCUCGAUUCUCGCGCAAGGCAAUCAGCAUCCUGAAGGGCUGGCUGAGAGACCACAACGAAAACCCUUAUCCUACCGAGCAAGAGAGAGAUAACCUGAAACAACACACUGGUCUGACUCGGACGCAAAUUGCCAAUUGGCUCGCCAAUGCCAGGCGACGCGGCAAAGUUCAUGCGUCGCCUGGGAGCAGUUCUCCCGUUCCAGGAGCUGUGGACAUCCCCAUGAAGCAAUCGGUCAACACAUCCCUUAUGACUCCUCUUGAACGUUGGAAGUACUCUCCUCCCGAAAACGAGCCGGCUGCGAUCAGCGAUAUUACCCGUGCCCUGGCCAAUCCUCCAUUCGACCCAUCCCGUCCACGCCGGGCCCCAUCGAGUCACGUGAGGCCCCGUCGCCCUGGGUCUAGUAACAAUGAGUCAAGCCAUGCCAGCUCUGAACAUAAACUGUGCGCCGCCUCUGCCAGUAGUUUUGAUUCAUCUAUUUCUGAUCUCUCUUUUGCUUCUGCCUUCUCUCAUCGAUCCUCUCUUUCCUUCGGGUCAAUGGAUCGUAAAGAACGUCGCCGCCGCCGCAAGGCCUCAGUACCUGUCAAUACUCUGGCCCAUUCAAAAGCCAAAUCUGCUCGUCCUUUUCAAUGUACCUUCUGUACCGACUCCUUCCCUGCUAAGUAUGACUGGCAGCGGCACGAGAAGUCCAUGCAUCUAAUCCUAGACAAAUGGACCUGCUCUCCCCACGGCGGUGCAAUUGAACAAAACGGUAUACCUCUUUGUGUCUUCUGCUUGGCAACUCAUCCAGACGAUGAACACCUAGAAACUCACAACUUCAUCAGUUGCCAAGAGAAGACAGUGCAAGAGAGAACAUUUUACCGGAAGGAUCAUCUCAACCAACACCUCCGCUUGAUGCACAAUGCCAAGUUCCAACCAUGCAUGGAGAAAUGGCAAAGCAGCAUUACAGAUAUCAAAUCCCGCUGCGGGUUCUGUGGCUCCAUCUUUCAGACAUGGAAAGAUCGAGCGGAACAUUUAGCCGGUCAUUUCAAAAAUGGAGCCAGCAUGGCUCAAUGGCAAGGGGACUGGGGCUUUGACCCGCAUAUUCAAGCUCGCGUCGAAAACGCCAUUCCCCCAUACAUGAUUGACUAUGAAUGGCGGUCCCCUGAUCCAUGGGCCACUGAGCAAGCUAAGGGAGAUGGCACAACACUUGGGCUUCCCGUUCCUACGGAUAUCAAUUGUUACCAUCGGCUUUCUCGCGAACUCACUACAUACAUCCAUAACCAAAAGGUACGAGGUCUUGUUCCAUCAGAUCAGAUGAUACAAGCGGAAGCUCGCCGUGUCAUCUAUGGAUGUGACGAUCCUUGGAACCAGACCUGCGCAGAUAAUACUGUUUGGCUGGGUGUUCUCAAGCGCGAUUGUGGAUUGCAGACUCCUGUGAACAAUAACAGCAUCCAAUUUGCUGAUCUGGGCAUGCAGCCCCCAUUCGCUAUCGAUGGCGGCCUCCGGGCUGCACCCCGGGAGAUCAAUGUGCUAGCGCGAGCAGUAUGCCAAGGGGCCCCCAUCCACAGCCCCGCAAUCUCUAGCCCUAGUCUUCGAAGUCACGGCUUUCCUGGCACUGGAUUUUCUUCUGCCGGGCCCAGCCGACCGGGGAGUUUAUCAGGCAGUUACGCUGGGAGUGCAGGGAUGAUGUCGGCUGGUCCUGAUCCGUCGUUCUCUACGGAUUGGGCUAGUAGUCUUCCAACUACUGCAUCUAUGCCGGGAGAAGCCACAGCUGACCCUCUGGUACAAAUGGGAUUUGACCCAGAAUUCCUGCAACGACUGAAUGACAGCUACGGUGAAAUCAACCCGGAUGAUUUGGAAGGCUUGCAUCUAGAUCGCACCGAUGGUCAAAAAAGCUCCGAAAAACAAGGAUGGCCAAAUAUAGGCUUACUUGGUCAGCCCACCGCCCCUUCUCUUAUGGGUGAGGAGUCUGCUUCAGAUCCGGCUGCUCUUCUCAAUUCCAAAGUGGGCCACCCUCCUGCAUCGAAUGCUACACAUGAUGACAUGCCAGGGUACUUUGGCAAUGGCAACUUUUAA